AUGGGAGCGGAGCAGAGCGCAGAGGCCGAGAGCCGGCCGAGAGAACCCAACACCUCAGCAACUCCAUCGCCAGCCAAGCAACGAGCAAAAAUGGAUGACAUUGUGGUGGUAGCCCCAGGAACGCAAUCCUCCCGGAACGUCAGUAACGAUCCAGAUGUCAUAAAACUGCAGGAAAUUCCAACUUUCCAACCGCUUUUGAAAGGCCUCCUGAGUGGGCAGACCUCUCCCACCAACACCAAACUGGAGAAGCUGGACCCCCAGCAGGUGCUACAGCUGUGUCUGCGAUACCAAGAUCAUCUUCACCAGUGUGCAGAAGCAGUUGCCUUCGAUCAGAAUGCCCUUGUGAAGAGGAUCAAAGAGAUGGACCUCUCCGUGGAAACUCUUUAUAGCUUCAUGCAGGAGCGCCAGAAGAAGUAUGCCAAGUAUGCAGAGCAGAUCCAGAAGGUGAAUGAGAUGUCUGCCAUCCUGCGCCGCAUCCAGAUGGGCAUUGACCAGACGGUGCCGCUGCUGGAGCGGCUGAACGCCAUGCUGCCCGAGGCCGAGAGGCUGGAGCCCUUCAGCAUGAAGCCUGAGCGGGAGCUCCGCUCCUAG